AUGAGCUCUCCUUCGCAGGCCGGGCCCUCGGCGCCCAAGGAGGAGAAGAAGGAGAAGGGUCUUAGCAAGCUUCUCACCAGAACUAAGACCUUCCUCAAGCGAGAGGGUUCUUCGAACAAGCGUCUGUCGACGAUGUCCACCACCAAGCCCGCUCCCGCCGGCCAAUCUGAGCCUGUCAAGACGAGUGAACCUGCCGCCCCUGAGAAGAAGGCUCCCGACGCCAAGGCUCGAUACGAAGGCCUCGAGGGCGUCUCCAAGUUGACCAGGAGCCAGCUUAUUGAGGAGCGCGCCAAGAAGCUGGGCGAGCGUUAUGGACUUGAUAUCAAGAUUUCGGAACUUCAGACUGGAUCUCCCGACGACACCGUUCUCCGUAUGGAUAAGCCCAUCCGCAUGCGCGUCCGCCGAACCUGCCACAAGUGCAAUGCCACCUUCUCCUCGGCCAAGGAGUGCCCCAACUGCCAGCACGCCCGUUGCACCAAAUGUACCCGUUACCCUCCCAAGCGAACCGAAGCCGAGAUUAUCGCCAGCCGCGAGCGACGUGCCGCCAUCAUCAAGGCCAACAAGGAGAACGCCCCUAUUAUUCCCGACUACUCUUACGCCUUUGACGAGAAGAAGAUUGUCCUUACCCGACCCAGCAAGACUGGCGGACAGGAUCUGGUACAUAAGAAGCCCCGUCAACGGGUGCGCAGAACUUGCCACGAGUGUUCGACGUUGUUUAUUUCCGGUAACAAGACUUGCGAGAAGUGCGGCCACGUCCGCUGCACGGACUGCCCUCGAGACCCGCCCAAGAAGGACAAAUACCCGUACGGUUAUCCUGGAGACGAAUUUGGUCCUAGUAGCGUACCCCAUUACGAGUGCAAGGACUGUAAGACGGUAUACCCAACUGGAGCAGAAAACGGAACCAAGUGCAAGAAGUGUGGCUUAGAGAAGACGGACGAAUCGCCUCGUGUUCUACCUCGCAAGGUCGAACCCGAACCAGAUCCGGAGUUAUUGAAGAAGCUACAAGAGAGGCUUGAAAACCUGAAGGUGGCAUAA